AUGCAUGUUUGGCCGUUGCGUUAUUUACCGGUCAGUGGUUUGUGUAAAGCCCGCGAACUCUUGGAUCGAUACAUCCUCUUCGCUACGCAAGAUUCUGGAAUGAUUACCGAUGUAAACAUGGAUAGAUUUUUGGUAUUUCUUAUAGUGCAUGAUGAUUCCUCAGCAGAUCAUGAGGCAUGUGCCCAUUGUAAUGAGGAUGUGGCCCCCGCUGUUCAGGGUGUGGUCGAAGAUCUUAUUGUGAUUUGUGAUAAGAAUAAAAAAUCUCUGAAAGAUAUUGAAAGUAACCAAUGGACAUUGAUUGAUCCUCUUUUAGCUCUCAAGAACUUCAACCCCACAGUUCAUUUCAGCAUCAUUGAGGACAGGCCAUUCAUAGACCAAAUGGAGGCUUAUUCAAAGUGGCAUGGAGAGGAAAAUCUUAAGGAAGUUUUGCUGUGGCUUGGAAAGUCUGAUAUGCUCAAAAUUUCAGCCAUAAUUAGGAGUUCUCUAGAUAAGGAUGUUGAAAUUUCAGAACGACUUCACAGUCUUGCUGAUGGCUUACCACAAGCUGGGGUCCCUGUUGAUGUCUUCUGGUUUAUUUGUGGGAGAGAUGCCCUCCCUGUCAGAUCCCAUAUGCAUCUGUUUGGAGCUUUAAAGCGACUUCAACUGUGGCACAAUGCCAACAUUACUGUUCUUCAUAGCAACAAGUUUGACAUGAGCUCAUUUUUGACGUCGUGGCAAAAGGGUCUGAAGUUGUCCGUCACACCUCUCAACAAAAGUGAUGUAUUGUCCAAAAUAUUUAGUGGUGCUGUUGUUUGGCAAGGUUCUUUGGUCUUCAAUGAGAAUCAAUCAAGAACCAUCAUACCAGGAUUCAAUUUGAGUUGUUAUAGGAGCGAGACCGAAAUUAACUUUGGUUCUUCCCGAAUUCAGCCAAAAAGGAAGAAGAAAAAUCCCAUGAAUAUUGGGAAACGUCUCUGCAUUGCACCAGAUAUAACUAUUCUCUGUAGAGUUCAGAAGCAUACAGUUCCAUUUCACAUGUUUCUGCCAGUAAGACUGGGAUUAAGCGUCAACCAAUCUUCUACUAAGCUAUCAGUAAGACUUGUGGAAUGGCUAUCAUUUGAAGAAAAUAAGAAUAUUGCCUUAGUUGGAUCAUUACAGCUUGUUACGUCGUACAAACACUGCACACAAAGAAAGAAUAGAGAAGCUUGGUUUAACUAUGUCAAAUCUCAGAACCCUACAGUUACCAACAGACUUGAUGGUAAUACUGGAGAUGAAGAUCUGACAGAGUCUUGCAGGCGGUUGUGUCUCGUAUGCGGUUCUGCUGAAAAAGAAUUGAGUUUAUAUGUUCUGAGAAGACCAGAAGAUCUAAAUGGCUGGAUCCAUAAGGAGCUGUCCUCAAUCCAAUCUUCAUUCCUCAUCUCUAAUGAUCAAAAGGUUGGCGGGCCCUUAAAAUUUCCAGAACUGUCAGAGAGUUUCAUUGAAACGGAACAAAACUUGACUGAAGUUCUCUUGCAAGAGCUGCAAAAGGAGUUGCAAAAUUCAGAUGAUCUGUUUUCGACUCACUCAGGGUGUAACAUCGUUGAUAAAACAACUUCGACUAAGCGGCAGUUCUUAAAGGAGAAAAGACUGGGUUGGAAAGAACAUGAACUGGAACCUGUCGAUAGAAAUGUUUUGCCUCUAGACGUCUCAGAAUUAUCGUUGUCUCCAAGCAAAUGGCCUGAGAGAGCUUGGCUUGUCAAAAAUGAUCCGAAUGCAAGGGUAAACGAUUCCGUCGCGGACGAGUCAACUAAAAAUUAUCCGUUGUUAGCAUCAGUGUCAUCGCUGAGCAUUUCAGACAUUUUGGAGAAGUUUCGUAGGGAUGGAACCCCCGCGAGAAGUGAUCUUGUUCGUCUUGAGCCCAGGGAGCAGAGCUCAAGUGGUAGGCACGUCCAAAUAGAAAGAGGAAGUAUUGAAGAAGUGAGGGGAAAAUGUUACCCAGAAGCCCUUGAGGCAUCAUACCACGGCAUUGAAUAUUGCCUGGAUGUCCGUGAAGCCAUUUCUAAAGACCUGCAGCUUUCACGUCUUCAGUCCUCGCUCGUGAAAAACGAGACAUUAUCAUCGUGUGUGCUAACAGAACACAAGACACGGGAAACCCGCUGCACUCGUGCUGUUACCAAUGCAGCGAAGAAGGGCAGCAAAGCUAGUUUGGCGAAGCUCACUGUACCUCUGAGUCGAACAGCGACUAUAAGAAAUGGAAAGAAACCUGCUGCUUUGAUUGGAAGUUCCUCGAGGUCACUGAAGAAGAAGUCACCAGUCAUUGUAAAAGCGCCAACAGUUGCAAAGAAAAGAAAAAGGGAGGAUGCAAAUGUGGAGGAGGGUAAAGCCAGUGACGAAAAUGAUGUCAAGAAGAAAGAAACUCGUUCAGAGAGACAUAAGAGACGCCUCCGGCAAGUUGUCCAAAAUACGCUUGAAGGCAACGGAAUCGAUUCUAGUCACCCAUUCUACGAAUCAUGUACAGGAAGAUUAUAUUCCCUGUGUAAAAGUUUCCUCAAGGAUCUCCGUUCGUCUCAUGGUCUAAACGACGAAAUGAAAAGACUAGCCAAGAGUAACGUCCAACAGGUGAUAGACUUUGAAACGAAAAGGAAAUCAGCAGCGCAAACGACUUGA